AUGAACGACGACCGCCCUCUCCAAAACACCGCCGACAACCAUGAUCCUCCUCUUGAGAAAGACUUCUCCAAUGGCUACGGUCACGGAAACCUGAAUAACAACAACUUCACAAUGGGUGCUGAGGACUCCAACGGUGGGGCACUGAACCGUAUCCGGACCGCCGGAAGCAUCUCCAUGUCGCCCGAGCUCUUUGAGAAGCUCUACCUCUCGCCUGAAAACCGGGUCAAGGGUGAUUUGAGGAAGACAUUUGGUAACCCUACACCGAUUGCUCUGAUCGGCUUCCUCCUCAGUCUUACGCCUCUGUCAUGCGAUCUCAUGGGCUGGAGAGGUGCUGGUGGGAACGGUGCCUCCGAUUCCGCUGCAUACUUCUUCUUCGGCGGCGUCCUCAUGAUCCUCGGAUCCAUCGGCGAGUGGAUCGUUGGUAAUACGUUCCCCUUUGUUGUCUUUGGCACUUUUGGCGCCUUCUGGCUCACCUUCGGCGGCACCCUCGUCCCCUCUUUCAACGCAUACGGCGCCUACGUGACCACACCCGCACAAAUGGCUGGGCAGGAUGGAAACCCGGGAAAUCCGCUCGGGUUACAGACGCCGGGCUUCAACGCUAGCUUUGCAUUUUUCCUGCUCUUCAUGGGUCUCGUCUGCUUCAUCUUCCUCAUCUGCUCCCUCCGCACCAACGUCGUCUUCUUCCUCAUCUUCCUCUCCCUCAUCGGCGCCUUCGGUUGCCUCGCGGGCGCAUACUGGAAUCUGGCUCUCGCGUAUGAGAAUGCUGCGAACACAAUGGCUGCUAAGAGAGCUGGGCGACUCGUCGUGGCGGGUGGAGCCUUCACUUUCGUCACGUCCAUGGCCGGCUGGUGGAUUUUCUUCGCCAUCAUGCUCGCCUCCCUGGACUUUCCUUUCAGCAUUCCGGUUGGCGAUCUGUCGCAUAUCAUCAAGGGAGCAAGCGAGAAGCAAAAGGUUAAGGAUGCUGUUUAA